AUGCGGCGUGACGCGUGUAUCCCGGCCGAGGUGCGCGAGCUCACUGCCGGCGGGCGGCGCCUGCACACCUAUCUGCCGCAGGCUCCGCCCCCGGGAGGAGCUCGCCGCCCCACGCACACUGCACAACCCACGAAAAUGCGCUUUUCCAUAAAUUGCAGUUUCCGUGACAUAGAAGGACGUGACGUGGUCAUGAGGCUCGUGACGUAG